ACAUUUUCAGUAUAAAAAAAUACACUCGGCAGUGCAGUUAAUUACAAAAAUCAGUUAUGAAUCCCUCGGUGUUUUUAUAUUUGUUUUUAAGUGUUCUGUUACUUGAAGUGCAAUCACAUACCAUUUAUAAAAAUGGCCAACAUAGCAAUAUUAACUUACGUUCAAGACGUGGUGUAUUAACAUUUUUUGAAAAGAUCAUAAAUAGUGCCCACACAGUAGUGGAAAAAGGAAUACAUGUUGCAGUCAACACAGUAAAAACAGUUCAAAAUAAAGUAAAAACCGAUAUACAAAAUUUUAGAUGCGGGUUGCACAAAGUUGGUGAUAAGGUUUUUCACCACAACCAUGUUAUUGAUCCAUGUAGUGUUGCUAAGAAACCAAAGGAAAUAUUAAUUAUGGGUAUAACUUUAUCUGAAAGUAAUGAUCAUAUAAAACCAGAAAGCGAGGAUAUAAAUACUACUACAAUAAUCAACAAUAUAGAUGAAAGUGUAACUGAAAUUUCACCCAAAAAUAAAACUAAUUCUAAUAAUGAUAACGGUGACAAGGACAUUCAAAUAUAUUUUGGUGAUGACGAUCCAUCGAAUAUCAAGAAAGUGAAGAAACCUGUUGAAGUUAAAAGAGAGGAUCAAAAUGCUGAAGUGGUUAAUCAAUUGAUUUUUUCUGAUAAAAAGGAUCCCAAUGGAGAAAGUCAAAGCACAGAAAGAAGUAAACCAAACAUAGAUAUUAGAACAGGAGAUGAUUAACAUUGAAAUAUUCCGGUGGAAAAUUGGAAGUACAUAUUUUAAGGUUUCUAAAUAAAUAAUUUCAACUAAA